AAAAGGUUGGCUAAUUCUUGCGAAUUUAGGUUGGAGGAGUCUGAGCUGUUUCAGCGCUUAGGAGCUCCCUUGUAUUGCUAACUCUAUUGUAAGUACUUAAUUGAAAAUUUGGUGAAACUAGGACAGAUAGAGUAAUUAAGCCUUCUAUUAUUCCUUGAUAAGUAAGGAGAUGGAGCUUCGCCUCUUUGAAGGAGAUGACACUCUGGGGUUGCUCAUCAAUAUCGGAAGUUAUUUUCUGGUUAAUGGAACUGAAGGGGAUGUGUGGAUGGAAUUUAUGUUGAUGGCAUUAGAAGGGAAGUACCUUGCCGGUUUCCAGAGAAACAGGUUGCAUUCCUUCAUGGCAACUGUUUCGAGAUCCAGCACUGCGUUUAUUUCAACUUCGAGGGGUCAAGGACCUGUUUCGCUUCCUAAAAGUCAAACCAAUUGGUAUCUGUUACAUACCCUGAGAAGAGUGGGAGCGAAACAGAAAAUUCUACUGAGGCAGCAACAAGAGCUAAGAGAAUUCCUCCUUUACCCUUCAUUUACAGUAGGAUGAAUAGGAGAGGGAAAAGAGCAAAUGGUGGGGACUGGCUGACUAGGGAAUCACUUGUGUAACUAAUUGGCCCCGUGGCUGAGUUAGUGGGUGGGUGUGUGAUCCUAGGCUGAUUCUGUUAAGGAAGAUGAGAGGGUGGGAAUUAAGUUAGAAUUGAGAAAGGGGUGAUUUCACAAUCAUUCAUUCCUACCUCAGAUCUUCUAGUUCUAUUUUUUUUCUUUCUAUUUCUUGGGUACCAGUUGUUACAGUAUCAUGCUGAAUUAUAUUGAACAAUUUAAAAGGUUUAUGAGCCAUUGCAUUUUGUUAAUUGUGAGAUAGUGAAAGGCCGUUUUUGCUUGAGGAGAGAAAUAGGGAAUUGAAGGGAGGUGGAGCAAACUGAUGGAGAAGGGUGGGCCUUUUGAAAGGUGCAAACUCUAUUGGGUCUGAGCUGCUUCCAACUCGGAUUUGGAAGAACAAGGAAGGUGGUUGGUCUAGGCCAUAAGCACCUCUCACAAGAAGAAUUGCAGCAGUGAAGCUGCAGAGUUCUCUACUUCAAGUGUGGCGAGGUUUGGGGACGAGAUCACUUUUUCAAGCUACACUUCCAAUUAAUGCUUGUUGAGUGUCCCAAAGAGGAACCCGAGGAAGCUCUUGAGAUUGCUUGCAGAAGAAUCUGAUGAUGGUUCUUCUGAAAGGUCAGAUCAAGAACUUGCUUUAUCAAAAGUUGUUGAUGGUAUACUACUUGGCAUGGAAGAAAAUUUAAGCUCUUCCAAGGCUAAAAGGGGAAAGCUUAUCGAAUAUGAGCAUCAUUGUCGUGAGAAAUUUUCAUCUGCCGAUGUUAAUCCUAAUUCUGAAAAGAUAGAUGUGCCAUUUGAAGCUCAGAAGAACGCUACCCCUUCUGUUGAUUGUAAAGAUUCCCAGGGGUUUGUCCAUGGCCAAAUUGAUGAGAAACCAAUUGAAGAGGUGACGAUGCUUAGUGAUCAAAGGAAAGUGACUGUUCUCUAUGAACUUCUUUCAGCUUGUCUUUCAGAUUUAGGUGAAGAUAACAAGAGAUAUACACGGAGAAGAAAAGGUUAUGAUGCUCGGCAUCGUGUGGCUUUGCGGUUGCUGGCAACUUGGCUUGAUGUCAAGUGGACAAAAAUGGAGUCCAUUGAGACCAUGGUUUCAUCUGCGGCAAUGGCUAUAAUUAAAGAACAAGAAUCCAAAAAAGAAGAAAGUCAAUUAAAUGAAAGCAAGUGGGCUAAAUGGAAGCGUCGUGGGAUUAUUGGUGCUGCUGCUGUAACUGGGGGAACUUUGUUGGCUGUUACUGGUGGGUUGGCCGCACCAGCAAUUGCUGCAGGACUAGGUGCUUUGGCCCCAACUUUGGGUACUCUGAUCCCUGUAAUUGGAGCAAGUGGAUUUGCUGCAGCUUUUAGUGCUGCAGGAACUGUUGCUGGUUCUGUUGCUGUUGCUGCAUCAUUUGGAGCUGCGGGAGCUGGACUUACUGGAAGCAAAAUGGCUAGGAGAGUUGGUGGUGUUGAAGAAUUUGAAUUCAAAGCUGUAGGAGAAAACCAUAAGCAAGGUAGGCUAGGUGUGGAGGUCAUGGUCUCUGGAUUUGUUUUUGAGAAGGAAGACUUUUUAAGGCCAUGGGAAGGACAGCAUGACUACUCAGAGAGAUAUGCACUGCAGUGGGAGUCCAAGAAUCUGAUUGCCGUGAGCACUGCAAUUCAAGAUUGGCUUACUUCAAGACUUGCAAUGGAGUUGAUGAAACGAGGGGCAAUGAUGACUGUUCUGAGCACACUUUUAACUGCAUUGGCUUGGCCUGCCGCGUUACUUGCAGCGACUGAUUUCAUAGAUAGUAAAUGGACAAUUGCUAUCAACAGAGCAGAUAAAGCAGGAAAGUUGCUUGCUAAAGUCUUAUUAAGUGGAGUACAUGGAAAUAGGCCUGUGACACUUGUAGGUUACUCACUCGGAGCAAGAGUUAUUUUCAAGUGUCUUCGGUAUUUGUCCCAGACAGAAAACAGUGCCGAAAUAGUAGAAAGAGUUGUUCUUCUUGGAGCACCAAUCCCAAUCAAGGAUGAGAACUGGGAAGCUGCUAGAAAGAUGGUAGCAGGAAGGUUUAUAAAUGCUUAUUCAAGGAAUGACUGGAUGCUUGGAGUUGCCUUCCGCGCAAGCCUACUAACGAAAGGAUUAUCUGGAAUCCAACCGGUCAAUAUACCUGGGAUCCAAAAUGUCGAUGUCACAAACCACAUUGAAGGCCAUUCUUCUUAUCUGUGGGCAACCCGUCAGAUCAUGGAUGAUCUUCAAUUGGAUACGUACUAUCCCGUUUAUAACAACAUUCUUUGUAUAUCUUGAAAUCCCCCUGCCGUUGUGGAUCCCAAAAUGGGAGGAAAAGAAAAAACUAAAGCAGAAAAAUCACAACCAUUCAGGUGCUCUACUUCUCUGUAUAUCAUAGUUAUUGCUAUAGUUAUUGCUGGUGGUCCACCAGUAAAUGCACCGAUUUUAGAUAUAAAAUGCUAAAACUCAGUACUUUUACGGAGUGGACCACCUGAGUUAAGAUAGCUGUAGUAUAUAUACAUUUUCUUUAUCAACUGCACAGAAGCCUCAACUUGUUAUUUGGUGGGUUGGAGCAAAAACACUACUUUCAUAUGUGAAAAGAAACACCACUUAGGUGUAUCAGUUGGUAGUUCAAUGAAACAUCAGCUGGUACAUAGGUGUUGUAAGCAUGACAUUGCUUAAUGAGAUAAUGUGUGUUUUGGUGCUAUUA